CUAACGCGUAUCAGGAUUGCUCUCACCCAUCCAUACCGUUUGCUUGCUUUACUCGUCAUCAACAUAUCUUCUAAACUGAUCCUCGUCUUUUGUGUGAUUGUGAGGAAAUAACGACCUUUACGGGAUUACACACUGCGCUCACUAUAGUCAUGAGUGAAAAACCGGAUGAGAAAGGCGUGGACCAGUGGUCGCGUGUCGAGCAAUUUCCUGAACACUUAAAGAAGUACUGGCAUCAACGGUUCAAGAUCUGGGAAAAGUACGACCAAGGCAUAUGGAUGACUGAAGACGCAUGGUUCGGCGUGACUCCAGAACCCAUCGCCAACAAGAUCGCAGCCCACAUCGCAGAGUCUGCGCCCAAGGAUAAGACCGUCAUUGUCGACGCGUUUGCGGGUGUCGGUGGUAAUGCCAUAGCAUUAGCGCGUUCAGGUCGCUGGGAACGCGUCUUCGCCAUCGAGAAAGACGCCAAGACCUUGAAGUGCGCAAAGCACAAUGCUGAGAUCUAUGGUGUGAGCAAUAAGAUCUUUUGGCUCAACGCAGAUUGCUUCACUGCCAUUAACAGAUUCUCUGGACAGAGCAAUGUUGUCGUGUUCGCUAGCCCGCCAUGGGGAGGAACCGAAUACGGUGCGGAAGAUAUCUUUGAUCUUAGUAAGAUGGAGCCAUACAACCUGGAAACACUCUACAAGAGCUUUACGAAGAUAAGCAAAGAAGUUGUUCUGUAUCUGCCGAGAACGUCCGAUCUUAAUCAGAUUGCGAGAUAUGGACAAGAUGGGAAGAAGUUGGAGGUUGCUCAUUAUACUGUGAUGGGUGCUAGUAAGGCACUUUGUGUGUAUUUUGGCAAUUUUGACUUUGAGAUGGAGCAGGAAUCAUAGUUAGGAGACGAGGGAUACAACAUGGUAGUCAUCAGUUUC